CUUCGCACUUGGCUCUGCUAAAAGCGACCUACCUCUCUCCUUUUUCUCUCUGGCUGCACCUUUAACCAUUUAGACCAUUCAAUCUAUUUGAUCUCUGUCCUCACGACGUGUAUCAACAUUGGAUUACUGUACUUUGAAACGUUAAUAAUUGUUAUAAGAUAAUUUCUAUAUUUUACAUAAAUAUGUCCGACUUUGCAAAAGCGCAAUUACAAAAAUUCGGUUGGGAAGAAGGAAAAGGACUUGGAAAGGAUGAGAAUGGCAUCACAAAACCUAUAAAACCUAUAUUAAAAUCUGAUUCAAGUGGUCUCGGAUACAAGAAAGAAUCUGAUAAUUGGUGGGAUAAAGUUUAUGAGACAGCCCUUAACAACAUAAUGGUUAACACAUCUGAAAAUAAAGUUUCUUUAUCUGCAGUCGAUGAUAAUUCGGAUUUCUCCAAGAAAUCUAACGCUCAAUUAGGGUAUGGAAAUUUCCAGAAAUCCUCUGUCCAUAAUAAUUCUUUAGUGCAAGAUGACUCUGCAAUGUCAAAAAAAGAGGAAGUAACUACAACAGAUACUAUUUUAUCACCCAUUGAAAAAUUAAUGUUUCCUAAAAAGGAAUCAAGUAAAGAAGUAAAAGAAUUGUACGCAAGUCUAUCAUAUGCAAAACUAGAGAGAAUUAAGACGCAGGAUGCAUUAUUAUCUAAAAUGAAAACUACUUCAAGAAUCUAUUGUCCAGAGUGUAGUUUAAGAAGCAACAGUCCACCGAUGUGUGACGAUUCGACGUUCCGUCCUCCUGUGCCAAAUCUUUCUUUACCUCCCGACCGUACUUCAUCAUUCCCUGUAGCUCUCAAGUACAUCUCGCGAGGAUUAUCUUUGCCUCUCGGAGGUACAUACACCAGAUACUUUACACCAGAUAUCAAUUGGCAUUACAAAUCCAAUGAUAAAUUAGAUAUCUCUUUGAAAGAUGAGGCGACAAACAUGUAUGAGCAAUACAUGUCUGGUGCGCCAUGUAAAGAAGGGGGUGUAUAUAAUACAAAUAACAAUACAUUAAUGGUAAAAUCUCUAGAACCUUUUAUCUUCAAAUCUAAGUUUGGAGACAGAAGACAUAACAAAAAGAUAAACGAUAUAAUACAACAAUUAACCUCCUGUAAUAUAAAAGAAAGUGACAAAAAAGUAGACUUUGUGGACAAUAAGAAAUUGCAAAAAGUGAAGAAAAAUAGAAAAGAAUGCUUAAAAAUGAGAAGAAAGCCUGACUGUGUACAAUUUGUGAAAGAAAUCGCACAACCAUGUAUGACGAAAGAAUAUUCAAAUAAACAAACAAUAAAUCAAGAUGAAGAAUAUCCAACUAAACAGACAAGGGAGCAAAACGAAGAAGAAUGUAGACUACUUGGAAUAAAUCCGUUCAAUAUACGCGAUGCAAUUUUGUCCAAAGAAGAAAACUGUAAAUUACCACUUGAGCAAAUCAUAAAACAAUCCACCUGUUUAUUACCUUCAAUGAAGUAUAGAGCAUUACAGCAUGAAAAUGAUGGCUCAGCCGCAAGAAUUGCAAAUACAGUAUAUUUAAAAAAAUCUAUAAAAAAUAAAAAAAAUAAGAGACGUCAGAAUUUGAGAAUAAACGACGUGAUCCAAAAUAUUGUAAAUAAACAAAAUGCGAAUGCCGUGGAUGUUGUAUCAAAAGCUCUAAAAGAAAUUAAACUUACAGAAGAUGUAAGUACAACGAUUAAAAAGAAGUUUACUUAAACUUAUGUUAUAUUUCAAAAAAACUUAAAGAGAUUCAAACACAAAAUAAGUGAAGAAAAAUAGAAAAGUAUGCUUAAAAAUGAGAAGAAAGCCUGACUGUACAAUUUAUGAAAGAAAUCGCACAACUAUGUAUGACGAAAGGAUAUUCAAAUAAACAAACAAUGAAUCAAGGUGAAGAAUAU